AAACAUCAAAUUACGUAGUAGCUCUGUUUGUAAACGCAAAUAGUUGACUAAGCACCCCUCGCUCGGUGCACAAAAGGUUAUCUGCAUACCUUCACACGGCGUAACCGGGCUUUCAUCACCCUCCCUCACACUUCAAAUCCGGUGGGUCGCUGUGCCUUUUCACCCCUUCGCUCUGUCUUCAAAUGGAAAUCAUUUCUAUUGGCUCAAGGUGUCCAUGUAAAUAGGUGUAAAUGAAUCCAGAUUAUGCCUUUGCUUUCUCCUCCGAGCGAGUAGCCCCCCUCCUCCUCUCCACCCAAGGCGAUUGUCAUGUGAUAGCGAAGAAGUGGCACAUUAAUGAAGCGGCUCUACGGGGGUCUUUUCUCCUGUCAUCACAUUAAACUAUCACACGGUUCGGGGAAGGACAUGGAAAUAGCAGCUACUUAGCUCUGCUCAUCACAACAAGGGCCACAACAUAUCGGGAACCAUUCAGAGAGUCGUGGUGUGUGUGUGUGUGUGGGGGGGAAGGAGAAGCUUAUUGCUGCUUGCUUAACUAAAGAUAGCGCAUCAUAUAGGCCAUCUGAAGGGAGACAACGAGACUGUUUUCAUAGGACGGCUGUUUUCAAGACCCACAGCCCAUAAGCGCUGAGUGAACAGUCCACGGAGGAAACAGACAGUGAGUUGCGUUGCUGAAUUUCAUGCAUCUUGGGGAACUUUCAGUGACUUUUAAGCGCGGGGAUAUUGCAGUUUUUUUUUUUUUUUGUACUUUGCGUUAUAAAGACAAUCUAUGCGGCGAAUGUAUGGAGUUUUACGCGUUCGGAAUGUUGUUUUGAACAGUUGUUUUGAACAACCCGUCCUAGAGUGAUACUUCAAGGAGUGUAGGACAAAGUUCUAUUUCUCCUGCUGGUCCGAGAAAAACUGGAAGAACUGUAGUCUGACGCGCCAUUCAGCAUAGUAUUUAGACAGAAAGUCCAACAGAAUGCCUCGUCCGGGGAGAAACACGUACAGCGACCAGAAACCUCCCUAUUCCUACAUCUCCCUGACCGCCAUGGCUAUCCAGUCCUGCCCGGAGAAGAUGCUCCCGCUCAGCGAGAUCUACAAGUUCAUCAUGGACAGGUUCCCUUACUACCGAGAGAACACCCAGCGGUGGCAGAACUCCUUACGACACAACCUCUCUUUCAACGACUGUUUUAUUAAAAUCCCCAGGCGGCCGGACCAGCCGGGUAAAGGGAGUUUCUGGGCUCUCCAUCCCAGCUGCGGGGACAUGUUCGAGAACGGAAGUUUCUUGCGGCGUCGUAAACGCUUCAAGUUGAUGAUGAUGGCGUCCGAGCAUCUGGCGCAAAGCAAGCCGUCGGACGCUGCCCACUAUCUCCAACAACAAGCCAAACUCCGACUGAGCGCUCUGGCUGCUUCCGGCACACAUCUCCCGCAAAUGUCCGGUUACAACAUAGGAGUCUCUCACCAACCGUCAACUUUCAAACACCCGUUCGCAAUCGAGAACAUAAUCGCCAGAGAGUAUAAAAUGCCAGGCGGACUGGCCUUCUCCACCAUGCAGUCUAUGUCCGCUGGCUACCCGCUGCACAACCAGCUCACUACGGCCUGGCCUCAUAUGUACAGCUCCAGCGUCAUGGACACGGUAGCUCCCAUCUCCAUGGCCAGUGAUUAUUCGGCCUACGGAAUGCCCCUCAAGUCUAUUUGCUAUGGCGCGCAGAGUCUACCUGCCAUCCCCGUGCCAAUCAAGCCCACCCCUACUUCGAUGCCAGGGCUCUCGGCUCUGCCAACACAUAUUCCAGCUUUCUUAGCGAACUCUCCCCAGUCUCUCAGCCCCACGUCUCCUCAGACAGCUACCAGCCAAAGCAGCCCUGCCACGCCGAGCGAAACGCUCAUAAACCCGGCCUCUUCGGCCAUGCAGUCCGUGGUGUCGGUGCACUGACAUGACGUUAGCGGAUGGGACUUAUUUAAAAACUUCUGAAAAAGAAAAGAGAUGCUUAUCAACUUUUCCAAAGUGGUAUUUUAUUGUUUGAUCAAUUCAUGACCAACCAACUAAAAUAUGCUCUACAAUCAUGAGGCGAUAUUUGCGUUUUGUGGUUUAUCGAUGUACUUAGAUGUUUUACUUGAGACUUGUUGUGGCAGUGACCCUUGUCUUUCUAUGACGCGCAUAUAGGCUACAUCGUUUUGUUACCUGUUUAGGGUCAUUUAAGAAUAAUCCAAUUCUGAGAUUAUUGUCAAAAAGCACUGUCGUUAUCCGUAUCUAUAUUCUUGCUUACAUUUUAUUGCCAAGUCUCCAAUACAUAUUCCAAUUCAAUUAAAUCUAAAACUGGUAAAGCAAUUCGUUAUUACAUUAGAGAAUGUUGUCAGAAUAUUCUUUUUUUUUUUUUUUUUUUUUUUU